UCAGCACGAGCUUCACUGUGAAACUGCCUGUGUGUGAAUGUUUGCUGAACGCAGCACAGGUGUUUCAGCUAAGCUUCCUGUGCGAGGACAACCUUGGAUUUGUGUUCAGAAGCAGAUUAUUUAUUAUUAGUUUGUUGUUUGCGACAGCGCUAUAAAUAGUUGUCUCCAUGUUGUAGUGACGCUGAAAGAAAAGCCGCGCAGCUGAGAACAAUAUAACCGGACAGUGAAUUGUCCAGAUCGACGCUGAAAUGUCCCUGACAAAGAUCACACGUCUUCCUUCAGCGAGGCUGCUGAGCUCCAUCAUACAGCAACAGCAGCUGUUUCUCCUUCCGCCCAUCACUCCUGUAAUGACUGUGUCCAAAAGAUCCAUGCUCCAGGGUGAAUACCGGCGUCCCGGACAGCCCAAAGAGGACAAGUUUCCAUGGGAAAAGAUAAAGUUUGACUUCGCAAAGGGUUUGGAGGGAAUAAAGAAGCACUUCACGCUGCUGAAAACAGAGUGUUUUGAGCGCUUUGUCGGUCCAGAGGGCAGACCACUCACUGUGCACAUACUGGAGCAGAACAGGGUCAUAUGGGAGUUCAGAGGUCCAGAGAGCCUGGAGCAGUGGACUGUGUCCUCAGACCGUGAGAUUGGAGGACAAAGUGAAGUUUACCUGAAGCUUGGAAAAAAUAACACGUGUUUCCUGUACGGGACCCUUAGCUCGACUCCUCCGAGGGACGGGGAGACACGUUACAGUGGCUACUGCACCAUGCGCUCAAAACAACUACUGGCCUCAUUUGACAGGAAGAAGCACCACGACUGGACCAGCUUCAACUGCCUGCACCUGCGGGUACGAGGUGACGGUCGUCCUUGGAUGAUCAACAUCGCUGGCGAAAAUUAUUUCUCCUACCGUAAAGACGACAUAUACAACUACUUCCUGCACACCAGAGGAGGACCCUACUGGCAAGACGUCAAGAUACCCUUCUCCAAGUUCUUCCUCACAAAUCGUGGGAGGAUUCUAGACGAUCAGUAUUAUCUCUGGCUGGACAAGAUCAACACUAUUGGAUUUACCCUGGGAGAUAAAACAGAUGGUCCGUUCCAGCUAGAGAUCGAUUUCAUUGGUGUCUGUAAAGAUCACGCUCACACUGAAGAGUUUGCCUACGAGAUGAACAAGAAGAAUCCUUAAGUUUGACCUAAACUGUAGCACUCUCUGAAAAAUGUUCCACCACCCUUCAUCACUGUCAAUAACUACUGGUCAUGUUUCUUUCUUUUUUAAAUUAGUCUGUUAAUAUCCAAUUAUAUGGUGUAGGAUUUUGAUUUGGGUCGGGAGACAACAUUAUAGGAAGUGAAAAAAAUUUCUGUAUCCAUGCCCUUAAUCGCACCUGCUCCAAAAUAGGUUCUUUCUUGACACAUACGAGCAAGUUCCAAGAAUACUUACAUCCUUUUUUUAAUGUAAUACGUACCAUUUAAGAAAUAUCACUGAAAACAGAACUUUUCUCAAAUUCUGACAGAAAAUCACAUAUUAAAACACUGACUACAAUUUGAAAAACAAAUUUAUUUUGAGAAUCUUUUGCGUCUAUACAGGUCUUUCAGUAAAAAAAAUUAAGAACACUGCAUUUGAAAAGCAGUAAAGCAGGACAUUACUCGUCAACACUGGGGGUUUAUUAAAUAAAUUAAUUUA